CUAUGACCCCAGCAACUGCUAACGUUACCUUCUUGAUCCCUCCUGCUCUACAGUUUCCCUCCCUCACCAAACCUCUCACCAACAAACAACAAACAUCAUUCGAUUUCUCAAUCAAAACCAUGGGCAGGGUGACGAUAUGGACCCGCCAGCCGGGGUUUUUCGUUUACACGGUUUACUCUGUCGUCAGGGCCCUCAUCAAGCUCCCAUGCCUGAUGCUCAUGUAUACUAUUCCCCGUUUCCGGCCCAUCCGCGACUGGACGUUUCAACAAGCCUUUGUACGCGCCAUGACGCGUCUCCUGUUCGAGUACGCAUCCGUGGUUAGAUUCUCACCGGCACAAUCCCUCGACCCGGGCAAAGAAAAGGACCGCUUCGUGACCAUCGAGCCUUUCGAGGCUCAGGCGGACUCAAACAAACAUAACCAACAGCAAGAAACCAUCUACACGGGUAUUGCUAAGCCCAACGCAAACGGCAUCAGACCAGUCGCAAUAGGUGGUACCUGGUUCCCCGCCCCCUUCAACCGAGAAUCAAACCAAAUGAACACUUUGGCCCCCAACCGCCCCCGCCGCGUAUUCCUGCACUUCCACGGCGGGGCAUACGUUCUCUUCGACUGUCGCGACCGCGACAUGGCCUUUGGCGCAUCCUUGCUCCUCCAAGCUUCUCCCCGCGACUCCGGCGCGGCCGUCUUCUGCCCUCAAUACCGCCUCGCCUUCCAUUCACACUCAUACAACGGCGGCGGCGGUGGCGGCGGUGGCCAAUUCCCAGCCGCACUGCAAGACGCCAUUACUUCGUACGCGCACCUGGUCCGCCGGCUUGGCGUAGACGCGAGGGACGUUGUCCUGUCGGGCGAUUCAGCGGGCGGGAACCUGGCGCUUGCGCUGCUGAGGCAUCUCGAGGAGACAAAAGUGCUGCCGCGGCCCGGCGGGGUGUUGCUCUGGAGCCCCUGGACGGAUCUGAGUGUGGAUGUUGGGGAGCUGAUUGCCAGGGCGGAGGACAAGUGGGAUAUUGUGCCGCCCAGGCUGGUGGAGUGGGCGUUGCGGGUUUUCUUGCCUGAGGUGUUGGAUGACGGGGUGGAAGGCGGGCGGGUGUGUGACAAUGCGUACAUAUCGCCUGUCAAGAGGGGUAUUCAGACGGAGGUGCCGAUUUGGGUGCAAGUUGGAGGAAAGGAAAUCAUUGCGAAGGAUAUUCUGAAGUGGGUCGAGGUGCAGGAGCAGACGGGGCACCGGUUGAGGGUGUAUGAAAUUCCGAACGCGCCGCAUGAUAUGUUUAUGGCUGGGGAGGGGUUGGGGUUCGUCAAGGAGUCGAGAGAAGCGGCUGAGGAUGCGAUUCGGUUUUUGGAUAGACGCGAGUAGGAUAUACACGGCCUCCAGUCGGCUAUCACGUAUUGUAUUGCAUGAUCAAAGCUGAGAUGUGGUACAAUGGUCCUGGCAGUCUAUCAUGACGAGAUCAUGAGAUAUGCAAAUGUACCAAAUAUGACUUC